GAGUUUUGCUCAAACGGUUUAUUCAUUCGAUCUGAAACCUGUGAAAAACUUCGGAAUAAUUGUUUUAAUAGUAAACGUAUUUGAAUAAUUGUGAGAUAAUUUCUAAAAUUAACUUACGAAUGAACUAAUAAUUUCCCCCGCGUGCCCAAUCGUAUUCACUUUUAAUUUGAUCAAUAAUUUGCUUUUCAAAAUUGUACUAUUUUUAGUGGCUCAGUAAUAAAGAUAUCACAUUAACAAUCACUACUCCCAGAUCGAUUUAAAAUGGAGCCAGGUCGUCGCAAGCGUGCAGAUUGGAGUGGCGAUGAGGAGGACGACAGUCGCCGGAAGAGAAUGGCCGAGGACAAGCUGGUGGCCGUGGACAGGUGGAUGCGGAGCUUGAGCUACCAGGGCGGCAACUCCAUCGAGCUGAAGCUGGAGAACCUCUCGUACCUGCUGCGCAACGAGAUCAGCGCCGAGCUGCGAAAGCACAUCCUGCAGCUCCUGAUUGCCUGCGUGGGCACCCAUCCCUGGCAGUCCAGUGCCUAUGCCACAUUUGUGGGCCUGCUGAACAUCGUCAACUUCGAGUUCGCCUACGAAUGCCUGACCUUCAUGAUGCAGAAGCUGCACGAGUCCAUCUGCAACCGCGAGUGGUACAAGGUGCGGGGAGUGGUCCACUUCUUGGUGGACCUGUACAAUUGCCAUGUGGUCACCUCGUCGUCAUUGCUGAGCUUCCUCGCGGGCCUCGUGAAGGAGUGCGAGAACGUGAAGGAUCCGGAUGAUGUGGAUCCUGUGCCGCAGACCCGACUGGACUGGCUGGCCUACUGUGUGCUUUCCGCGGUUCCCCUGAUCGGCAGGGAUCUGCAGGGCAAGGCCGAGUUCGAGGGAAUAAUGCUCACGCUGCAGAUUUACAUCAAGAAGAGGAGCAUCUUGCCCACCGCCGUGUUGGGUAUUUGGCGGGACUCGAAGCAGAGGGACUACUUGGAUUUGCUGUGGCAAAGGGUAGAUGAUAUGAGGCGGGAGCUGUUCGCCGAACCGGAGCACCAGCUGAUCCCGCGUCCCUAUCUGGCGUUCGACGAGGCCCUGAGUAUCGGACCGCUGCACAUCCUGCGGGACUUCCAGGUGACGCCCCAUGAGCCCAAGUGUCCAUAUCCCCCACCUCGAGUGUCCUUUUGCCUCUUUUCCUCCGACAUUGGCGACGAGCAGCGCGAAUUGCCCCAUGUGCUGCGCAUUGAGCGGCAUCUGAUGGAGAUCCAGAUCCAGGAUAUCCUCAACUCCCAGCAUCUGGAGAGAAGGAGCUGCGCCGACAACCUCCUGGCCUACGCCGCCUCCAAGAGCCAGUUGGCGGUUUACCACUCCAUUGUGGAGGUGAUUCUGGGCGAGAUGCUGCAUCUGCCCGCUUCUCAGUGGAUCAACAUCAACUAUGGAGCCCUGCUGGUGGAGCUCUGCAAGCGGCAGCCGGAGAAGGUGCCCCGCGUGGUCGACCAGGCCGCGCUCAUCCUCUUCGAUCGCCUGGACUACAUGAGCGUGGCCUGCUUCGACCGGCUGGUCAACUGGCUGUCGUUCCACCUGAGCAACUUCGGGUUCGCCUUCUACUGGGACAAGUGGGGAAGAAGUGUCCGCUCCCCGAUCGAUCCGAGUGUCAACAAUCUCCAGCCGAAGGCGGUUUUUCUCAGGGAAUUGAUUAAGAAGUGUGUCAGGCUCUCAUACCCCGAGAGGAUAGUAGAGAUUCUGCCGGAUUUCCUGGCCGGUUUCCUUCCGCGGACUUCCAUACCGCACUUCAAAUUCGUCGACGAAACACUCCCGGGUGCGAUGCUAUCCAAGAAUCUCCUGGAGGCGAUGCGCAGCAAGCAAUCCUGCCCGGAAAUGAUCUCCACCAUUAUAAAUAGCACCACGGGAAUAGGACCCCUGCUCAAGAUCAACGUGUUAACUCAGAACUGCCUUUACCUCGGGUCCAAAUCGUUCAGCCAUACUUACGCAAUACUCUGCAAGUACCACUCUGUGCUUAAGGAAAUGGAGGCGCCCGAAUCGGAGAAGCAACAUGCCAUCUUGGGCGGACUCUUCGAGCUUUGGGUCGACAGCGACCAAUACAAAUUGGUGGUGAGCGAGAGACUGAUUCGCAUGAAGGUGAUCGAGCCCAGAAGCAUGGUGUCCUGGAUCCUAGGACCGCAAAUGCGGAAGGAGCUCACCAAGAUGUACGCCUGGGAGCUGCUCCACUCCACUGUGCGCCAUGUGAGGCGUGUCCAACAGCAGACCGAAGUUGUGGAUGUGGACUGUCCGAGUGAGGCGGGUUGCGCAGUCAGGGGCAUUUUACUGGACAUCGUUAACCGCUCCGUGAAGGCUCUUUCUGCUGCUCCGGAGGAACAGGAGGGGUCCGAGGAGCAGUACUGGUUCCACUGGGUUCUCGGCCGUCUUCAAGAGACGCUUUUUAUCUAUGCCGCCGACUACAAAAAUAUGUCCUGCAAACUGGAAAAAAUCUCCGCAGAGGGUGACCUCAGAGAGAGCAUUUCAAAAACGAUUCGGGGAUUUUUAGCAUACGUUAAGGCAUAAUUGUAUUCCACAAUAACAUUCUUAUUCACGAUGCCUUA